GGGCCAGGAGGUAUGCGGUCAACAAUGCUUGACUCAGGGAGGAGGACGCCCCUGCCAUGCGUAGUCCCAUGGGAUGUUGGCUAUCAACAACAAGGCAACUCCUAUGACUAAUUGGGAAUGGGACGCAAGCGUAGGAUUGAUCACCUUGUCGCUGGCCGCCUUUGGGGAGGGUGUAUAGUGUGAAAGGCCGAAACACCCUAGGAACCAAAGGUACACUACUGACGAUGCGCUCCCCAAAUUUCACCACGCUCACUGUUCAUUAACUCUUGGAAGUGCUUGCACAAAGGAUAGUAACAUCUCAUCAUGUGUUCUUGGAAUCCAUCUGAGUUGCUGCCAUGAAACACACACAUACACACACUGUUAGUUAAGUCACAAGGCUCUGUAGCUCUGGAGGUUCAUAGCAGCAUCAGUGACAACUUUCUGGGUGAAUAAACAGCUGUAACAGAACAAGUCAUCCUGGAUGAAAUAAACAAAUAGUCGAACUACAGUAGUUGAGCAAGAGCACCACCAGUCAUGGAGGCUACCGACUGACCAAGCCAGGGAACAAUGGGGCCAUUGGCAGGAAUCCUGAGUGUCUUGCCUGUACUUGGUGGUGAGGGGUUUUGAAGAAAAAUGAGCCAUUGUCUCUCUCUCUCUCUCAUCCUGUUUCCGAACCUCAGCAAAGCUGAGCAAUGUCUCUGGAAGCCGUCCCAGGAUGCUCCACUGUGAAGAAUACUAGUCUGGUCAAACCUCGCUGGCCCCAUGGAGAGAUUCUAGUUGAAAAGCCUCUAUGACCACCAUGAGCUGGAGCUUUCUAACUCGUCUUCUGGAAGAGAUCCACAACCAUUCCACCUUUGUGGGGAAAGUGUGGCUCACAGUACUCAUCAUAUUCCGUAUUGUGCUGACUGCCGUGGGGGGCGAGUCCAUCUACUCGGACGAGCAGACCAAGUUUACCUGCAACACCAAGCAGCCCGGCUGUGACAACGUGUGCUAUGAUGCCUUCGCUCCACUUUCGCAUGUUCGCUUCUGGGUCUUCCAGAUCAUCAUGAUCUCCACCCCCUCUGUCAUGUACCUGGGCUAUGCCAUACACAAGAUAGCCCGCGCUUCCGAGGUGGAGCGCCGGAAGUUCCACCGCCGGAAGAAGCCCAUUCAGGCCCACAGGUGGAGGGAGAGCCACCCGCUUGAGGAGGUGUUGGAGAAUGAGGACGAUGAUGCAGAGCCCAUGAUCUACCAGGAGGACGUGGUGGAAGUCCAGGAGGUCAAGCUGGAGCCGGCCAAGCCGCAGAAACAUGACGGCCGCCGGCGGAUCAUGCAAGAGGGCCUGAUGAGGAUCUACGUUCUGCAGCUUCUGUCCCGGGCUGUAUUUGAGAUUGGCUUCCUGGUGGGCCAGUAUCUUCUCUAUGGCUUCCAUGUUAAUCCGUUCUAUGUGUGCAAUAAGGUGCCCUGUCCCCACAAGGUAGACUGCUUCAUCUCUCGGCCCACAGAGAAGACCAUAUUCUUGCUCAUCAUGUACGUGGUCAGCUGCCUCUGCCUGCUCCUUAAUGUUUGCGAGAUGUUCCACUUGGGUAUCGGAAAGUUCCGGGACACUCUCCGCAAGAGGAGGAACCAGGGGGGGCGACGGACAUCGUACAGCUACCCGUACUCCCGUAACAUCCCCACCUCUCCCCCCAUGUACAACCUGGUCAUGAAGUCAGACAAGCCCAACAGGAUCAUCCCCAACAGUCUUAUCAUCCACCAUGAGAAGAACAUGGCCAACAAUGCCCUGGAACAUCACCAAGAGUGCACCAGUCCAGACGAGAACAUCCCCUCAGACCUGGCCAGCCUGCACCGCCACUUACGGGUGGCCCAAGAGCAGCUUGACAUGGCUUUCCAGACCUACAAUACUAACAAGAACCAGCCAACCUCCAGGACAAGUAGUCCAGUGUCUGGGGGCACCAUGGCAGAGCAGAACAGGGUCAACACAGCCCAGGAGAACCAAGGAGCCAGGCCGAAAUCAGCCACUACAGAGAAAGCUGCGACCAUUGUAAAGAACGGAAAGACUUCUGUGUGGAUUUAAGAAUGAUUAACUUCACGUGGUACAGUAAUCAUACUGAAAAGCCAUUUUUCAAUUUCCAGGACCAUAUUCUGUGGAUACUGGAAGAUGUGUGAGAUGAGACAAGGUAUUAAAGGCUUUGGUGCAUGAAUCGAUUGCACUGCCUGAAUACACUGUAAAAAGUACAAUUUCAUUCAACAUAUAAUUGUAAGGCAACCAGCUGCAAUAGGAUUGUGAGUUUGCUAAACAACAUUUUCACACACAACCGUUUUGUUGUGAGUUUGCUCAACAACAUGUUUGUUGAGCAAACUCACAAUCCUACUGUACGUUGAAUCAACAUCUUUUUUCUUUUUACAGAAUAGAUUUAACUUUUGUCACCAGCAGAAACCAGCAGUGUGACAUGUCGGAUCAGGAGCACACAAAAUAGGCACAUUGUGACCUCAGAACAAUAGUAAACACAUUUUUUUAAACAAACAAACAAACAAACAAAUACAGUAGUAUGGAUCCUAUUAUUAGUAUGUUAUUGUGUGCUUUAAAUGCCAUAGCCAUUUAAAGCCAUAGCCUGAACAUAAUUCAUAUCUGCAUAUGUCAAACUUUUGUAAUUUAAUGCGAUAUAAAAUAAACCAUGCUGGCAAUAUAAUUUUAUCCUAGCUAUUGAACUGGAUUCAUUUGAAAAAAUAUAUUUAUAAUGGUUUUAACUAUAACAAUUGUGGCCUCGUUAGCCUAGUUAAAAGCAAUGCAGUGGUAAGCACUGUUUAAUGGUACUAUGCUUGAAUCAUGAUGUUUGAAAAAUGAACGGUCAACCAAAUGUGAAGAUUUUUGUUGUUGUUGAGAAAUUCAGAACUGUUCAGAUUUGCACUUGUAACUUUUUAACUCAUUUUGAGUUGUAUUAUGACAUUUAGAGAAAUGAUGCAUGAAUAAUUUAUUUGUUUAAGAAAUUUUGGAUGUAGUUAGUAUAGGUUUUGUUGAAAGAAGAGAUGUGACAUGUUAUGGAACAAAUGGUGUUCCAACAGCAGCAAAGAUUUGAGCUACACUGUUCUCCAUAAAGUCAUAUUUUAAUUCACUCCACUUCUUAAAGUUUUGUCACGUUAGACAUUGUCGGAAUAAAUUAGUUAAAGAAGAAAAAGGUAAGUUGUUGUAUUGAAAACUUACCGUAAACCAAUUUCUGAUCAUUUCUGAUGUUCUUGUGGGGCAUAUAAUGCAUGCUUUUACUUUAAAACAUUGCUACAUUUUUACACAUAUGACAUAUAAAAUACAAUGUAUAUAGUCAAAAAUCUAUCCCCAUAAAGUUGACUCCAUAUUUUCCUAUAUUUAGGAAUUUGUCUUGAAUCAAGUAGUUUUCUGCAUUGUUUUCAUAGUAGAUACAUAAUUCUGCCUUUAGCAUUAUUAUACUCCAGUCCAAAGUGCCUCAAACAGUUAAGAUUGUGCUUGUGUUUAAUAAAAAAAUAAA